AUGUCGAAAUCGCGCGCGUCGAGCCGCCGCCGCCGCUCGCUCCGACCUGCCGCCAGGAUGAGGGAGUACUUCAAGUCGGCCGCUCCUGUGACUCGCAACCACGUCGCUGGUAUCUUUGACCGCAUCGCGGUAUUUGCAGCAGCAUCAACUCAGGGACGCAAUGCGGUAGCCUACGCCGUGCCCAAGCUGGGAAUCAUAGGCACCUGCCCUGGGUACUACCAAAAGCAGCUUCAAAACAACCAAUGCCAUUAUAGGGACCAGGCCUUCGUCACGCUCCACGAGACGGGCCAUCUGUUCGGCCUCAAGGAUAUCAAUAGGGCUUACAGCUACGAACAAACCCGGGCUCUUUCAGCAGCUCAGAACCUUAGACACACCAACUCGUACAGUUACUUCGCCAAAGAGCUGCUCAGGCUGUUGUUCUCUCACGCCAGAGACUUCGCCACGGCCUCAAUCGUGACGCUGCCGGCCGCCCAAAAGGCACUGACUCUUCGUGAUGCUGAAGCUCGAUAUGCCGGCUCUGCUCGUGCAUCCAUCGACCGUAUCGUCAAGAGGCUUGAGGCUGCAAAUACCGUUGCUUAUGAGGAUGUUGCUGAUGCUAAGAUAGGGCGCCCGCAGCAGCUCACGGAGGAAGAAGAAGAAGCUAUCGUAUCUUAUAUCAUCUGGAUGCAGAAGUCAGGCCUGCCUGCCGCGAAGUGGGAAAUAGAGGAUGCAGCACUCACUCUGCCGCCGCCGUGA